GGAACCGCCUGCAAUUAUCCCCAAAAAUCACAGCAGGAUGGCCCCCGACAAGAAGGACAAGAAGCGCAAGGCUGCCGCUGCCACUGCCGCCGAUUCGCCCGCAAAGAAGACCAAGAAGGUCGAGGCCAAGCCUGCCGAAUCCCCCAAGGACGCCCCCAAGCCUAUCCUCAAGAAGGCCAACCAAAAAGAGGCGGCUGCAAAGACCGAUGGCGCUUCGAAGACCAAGGCCAAUGGCCAGCCCGCCAGACAGAUCAAGCCUCGCAAGCGUGCGGCCGAUUUCCUGAGCGACAACGAGAACAGUGAGUCCGAGGCGGAGGUUGCUGAGCCCAAGGCCGCGAAGGAGGAGAAGCCUACCACCAAGAAGUCGAAGAAGGAGGACGGAUCAGCUGCUCCCGCGACAAAAUCCAAGCCCGCCAAAGCCAACACCAAGGCCAAGAAGGCAGAGCCUGUCGUUGAAGAAUCUGAGGAGGAAGAUGAGUCCGCCGCCUCGGAUGCUAGCCAGAGUGAGGAUGAGGAGGAUGACCGUACAGCUGCCCUUAUCAGGGGCUUCGAGAGCAGUGGUGACGAGGAUGAGUCCGGCGAUGAAGGCUUCAACCCCGACCAGCCGGUCCCUCAGAUCCCCGACUCGAAGAAGGCCAAGCGCAAGAUCUUGAAGAAGCAGAAGGAGAAUGCCGGUCACGUUGAGGAGCCUGGAACGGUUUACGUUGGACGCAUUCCCCACGGUUUCUACGAGCACCAGAUGCGCGCCUACUUCAGCCAGUUCGGUGAAAUCACUCGCCUGCGUCUUUCCCGUAACCGUAUCACCGGUCGCUCCAAGCACUAUGCUUUCAUCGAGUUCGCCCAUACCUCUGUCGCUAAGAUUGUUGCUGCCACCAUGGACAACUACCUCAUGUACGGUCACAUCCUGAAGUGUAAAUACGUGUCCCCCGAACAGCUCCACCCGGAGGUCUGGAAGGGCGCCAACAGACGGUUCAAGCGCACCCCCUGGAACCGCAUCGAGAAGAAGCGUCUGGACAAGGGCAAGACGAGAGAGCAGUGGACAGAGCGCAUCGAGAGGGAGCAGAAGAGACGCCUUGCCAAGGCUGAGAAGCUCAAGGCUAUUAUGGGCUACGACCUCGACAUCCCCCAACUGAAGAGCGUGGAUGAGGUCCCUGUCCAGGAGGCCAAGGCCAUCGAGGCCUCUGAGCCUGCUGCUGAAGAACCUGCCAAGGCCAUUGAGGCUGCCCCGGUUGAGGAACCCAAGGCUGAGAAGCCCGCUGAAGAUACCCCUAAGAAGACCAACAAGAAGACUAAGAAGGCUGCCCAGUCCCCUGCUGCGCAGGAGACUCCCAAGUCGACAGAGAAGUCUACCCCGAAGAAGACCACCGAAGAAACUGCUUCCCCGGCCGCCCAGAAGGCCAAGAAGGUCCAGAAGAAGACCAAGGCCAAGUCUAAGGCUUGAGGGGAUUGGGGGUUUAUAUACUACUUUUGUAUUUCUUAUGGCAUUAAACAAGAAUUACCCGGAGUUCAAUCGAUUGUACAUGAAAAAAUAGGGACAUUAUUUUCGCUUAAACAAG